AUGGGUGCGCACCGUGGGCGCGUCUGUGUCUGUGGCCGCGUUCCAGCUCAAGCCUUCUCCGUCCAGCAGCACGGUUCCUCGGCGCCGCCUCCUGCUGCCGCGACAGACGGUAUGGUCUUCGGAGUCAUCGCUAGGGCCGUGAUCAAGGGUGCUCUGAAGGCCAGCACGCGUGGCGCUGGCCCGAGCGGGAAGGCCCUUGUCCACACGGUGCAGCACGGCAGCAGGAAGGCGGCGCGGGAGGCCGCGCAGCAGGCUGGCAAAGGGAAGCCGAUCCACCAUUCGAGCGGCUCGGGCGGGGGAGGGCACUUCCACGCCGUGGACAAGGCCGGGAACAAGAUUACUUCGGGCAGCCAGGGGGGCGUGCACCACAACUACGGCAAGAAGUAG